CUUAUGUAAACCAUCGUUUCUCUUCCCCCCUUCACUUCUACUUGCUCUCCUUCUAUCUCUCUCUCUCUCUCUCUCUCUCUCUCUCUCUCUCUCUCUCUCUCUCUCUCUCACCUACUCAAAGCCAUUCUCAUCCUUCUGCUCAGUCUCCCAGCCAAAAAGUGCCCAUCCAUCGGCCCAUUUGAUCGUCGCUACCGUCCAUUGUCCCCAGCCGUCCCACCUGAAACACAGAUCCCCCACCAACCGCAGGCUGCUCACGCUACAAUGACGUGACUGGGGGGACAACUCCUUUGUCCUACAGACCUGACCUUCUGUUAGUCCUCGGACCUUCACCUCACGUUGUCAAGAGUCCAGCUACAAUCGGCCUAUACAAGAUACAACCUUCAUACUUCGAGUUCCAUCUCCCUCAGAGGCCCUACGCAGCUCCAUAUAAACCAGCUUCCUACAAUGUCUGACCGCAACCCUGCACCGCCGUCUCCUCCACCUCCACAGCACCGUCGUCGCUCGUCCUUUGUUGAUAUGUUCAAUCCACGAACAGGCUCCUCUCCUUCUACACUCUCCUCGUCCCCUCCCUCCUCGGGCGUUCCAUCCACUCCCACCGUGCCGCAACACCGAAGAGGCACCUCCAUCACCGCUCUUGGCCUGACUACAAACCCUUCCAACCAAACCCCCUUCAGUGCUUUCGGACUGCAACGACGAGCGAGUGUUGCAACGUCGUCCAUAUCAAGCUCUCCAGAUUUCAAAAACAGCUUCGGGGAUGAGCCUGCCGUCAUUGAGGAGGAUGACCCCUCGCGAGCCACCUUACACCCCCCCUCUUCGCCAUCUUUUGCUAGACGGGUCAGUUUUGGAGCACAAGCUUUAAGAGAUGUUAGACUAGGAGGGAGCCCUGGUGCUGCUGGCGGUGGUAGGCGCCCCUCCUCCUCCCUUUUCACUCUAAAUGAGAAUUCCGAGAAUGCCACUCCAUCACGUCGAGCUACGUCGGGGACGGCCAAGACUGCAGGAGAAGGCUUCAAUUGGUCUGAAGCCCUGCGUGACAGAUCCCGACGCUCACCAUCCUUUUCCUCCGGCAACCCUUUUAACCAAGGAACCACUCGCCCUCGCUCCGCGAGCAUCUCCAACCCGGAGCCGCCAAAGGAAAUAUCAAAGCCCGUUGAACCACCGCAUGCCAAGUUGAUGAAGAAACCAGAUGCCCUGGGUGAAAGAAUGCUACGUGGCGAUUUUAUGAUGGAUUGAAUCCGUCCUUGCGGUGUCGAGGUUCUUUCUUCUCUUUCGGUAUACUCCCAGAAUGGACAUGUAUAUCUGAUUCGAAUGAUGUAUAAGUGAUGCUUUGGUUUGAUGGAGCUCGAGGCCAAUUACAGUGGGGAAUCCAUUACCUGUAUCCAUUAGCUUCCGGUGGUAUUGUGUGUGAGAUCAGUUUCGAAUGUCAUCCGAAGCAAAUCAGGUGGGCGGGCUAGUAUCAGGGGUCAAGGGAGGGCGAAGGCGACCGAUAUUUGCUUCUUUACGAUCGUUUAUGACUUUUUGGCUUCGCACUGGCACGGGAGCAGGCGGAGCUUAGGGAUUUGAGAGCAAGUUCCAGCAUUUUGGCUGUAGGGGCCACGUAUGCUUGACGUUACAGCAAUUCGGAUAUCGAGAGAAUGAGAAUCAAACAAGCAAUGUGCUGAAUGGAUAGUUUGAAUAUUGACUGACCGAGCCAGCGUCCGGCUCAUCACGUCGUGUCUUUUGGCUUGAUUUCCCCGUCUACGGGACCCUGAAACCUGCCUUCU